AGAAGCUGUAUAGAGGAUUUAUGUAUAGUUACACAUUGCAUUAUAUUUCGUUGGGAUACAGUUUUGUGACGGGUGGGGUUAUUUUAUGUUCUGGCCGCGCCCUAUUUUCUUCUUUUUUUUCAUUAUUAUUUCUUCAGAUGGUUUUGGGAUUUGUAGAAACCGACGGUUAUUUUUAUUCACAUAAAUGGAAGUUGUUGAUUGGUUUUCAAUACGAAUGGAAGACAAGUAAACUACGCUCACACUCAGGGGCUCACCAGGCGUAAUGUAGAGUUUAGAUGAAUUUGGG